AUGGAUGAGAAAGCUGCUAAGAAGAUUGUUGAUGGGGUUCACAAACAGGCUACGAUGUCCGUGAGGAGGCUCGCUAAGCGGCACCUCACGCACCUGGCAGCCUUGAGAGUGAAGCUGUGCCUAGCAUUUCUGCUCUAUGGUAUCUCCUUUGCAGUGAUUGCCGUGUUAUUCAGCAACUCUGAGGGCACCCGGGAGCUGUCUCGGAUUGAAAUCCACGAUGUGUCGAGCACCUCUUUGUUGAUCUGGCUAAAGGAUUGCACCAUGGACUUGAAGGUGCAAGAUGGAUCUUCGAUAUCUAUCACAGAAACUACAACUGAGUUUGAUCCGAACAGCAAUCAGCUGCACGUAGACUGGAACGAAACCGCGGACGUACUGUCAAUCACUUGUUCUGGUCCUGCUUCCGAAUAUGGCGAUGCAGUCACAGUCGUGGUUGAGAUUGGCCACACAAUUCACUUCCAAACUUUCGAAGUCGUUUUUGAACCGGGGGGAGGGAGGAGUUUGUUUCGCUCCAAUUUCUCAGGUUUAGACAACGAAUCUCUGGGAGACAAGGUUUCGGCAUCAGGGGACGAAGGUGUUAUCCAGAUGUAUUAUGCAACAAUGGGAUCCCUGUCAGUGCAGCUGGAUCAUGGCUUCGUCUUCCUCUAUGAAGUGAGCUUUACAGAGGCAAGCUUCGUACUUGGCGGGCAGGUCGACAUCUAUCUUUGGCAGGAGACAUAUCAGGCUGGUCUCGAUAUCAACAUACAAACAGGCGAUGGCCAGAACACUAGCUCUGGGCUCUGCAUCUCGGAUUGGUCUUCACGGCCGUUGCCGCAGAUAUCGAAUUUGGGUGGCUAUGAUUACGUUUUCUCGGUUGGCUCAGGGACCAAUCGUCGUCCGAUGAACAUUAUCCGGAACAGUGCCUUGAGUCGGCUCUACCUUCAGAGCGGCGUGUGGCGAAGCCAGAGGCAUUGCAACAAUACCUUUGACUCAGUGAUCCGCAUUGAUUCUCAGUUGGAAGACAGUUUCAAAACAUGGGCAGCAGUGGCCGAAACCAGGUCAGAGUUACUGAAUGUGUGGCUGAUGGGCCCUUCUUUGGGAAGUGAGAUCCAGUCUAUGACCUCAGAUGGGUUUUGGAUCUUUUCUCGGUUUGGGGAUGCUCUCAUGUGGUUUCCCAGCGGACUUUGGAACAUCUUCACCCUGGGGCUGUUUACUCUUCGCACAUCGCGCGGAACCUUUCUGGUGAAGGAUUCCUUGUGCACGACCAAGCAUGACAGGCUGACAACUGGUACGCCCGAUUGCAGACCCAAAAACUCGACAGAGACGUUGUGGCACCAACAGACGAUGGAGCGCUGUGCCAAAGCCUUGAGGCACAGCCUGCCCGACGGCCUGAACUUGACCAACGACCGCAAUGGCAAGGUGUACUAUGUGGAUCGCACGUUCGCCGACGCUGUGAACCCUUUUCCCUCGCUAGCCGACCAGAGCGUGUCCAUCAUGUCCUCGAGCACGAGUGCUUUUGUAAAGGUGGAUCAUGGGCCAGACAACCUUCGUGGCCCCUGGGGGCUUCUCUUCAGUAUUGUGAUGGUCAUCUUGGCCUUGGCAGGAGGCACCUUUGCAUGCGCCGUGGUCGUUACCCUGUACAAGAUGCAGAAGCGGAGGUACCUGAAAGCCAGAUCCGUGCAUCUUGGCCAGGGCAAUCCGGGUCUCCGGGAACUGCUGGAGUUGGAGAACCAAUGCAAUCUUCUGCUGACCCUGGUGCGAUGCCUCAUUCUUCGAUCGCCUUCCGGCAAAGGCACGAUCACCGUGCAGAAGGUGAUUGAGAUUUGUGUAGGGCAUUUUGUCGUAAUGCAACUGCUGGUUACGCCGAUGGUCCUCGUCGCCAUCCUCAAUACCAACAACACGGCGGAGCUCCGUGCAGGCUGUAACUUCAACGAAUGGGUGGCUGGAGGUUGUUUAAAUGUUCGCAACCGCGGGAUCUCAACCACGAUGCUAACUGCUUCGAUCACCAUGAAUUCCAUUUACUUUCUCAACACGAUCUUGGAGUACACCACGCGCUAUGCGCUUAACAAAGCUGAGGAAACAGGGGAUAGCGGAAGCAGGUACAAGUUCGCCAUGAAGUUGCGCGCCUCCAAGGUCUACAGAGUUUUCGUGGCCGUGUGUUUGAUGUUGUCACUCUUCUUCUUCUGUUCAUAUGUUGUCCUGGGGGUCAUUAUGGUCUUAUUGGGAACGCUUCUACAGCCUGAACGUCUUUCUCCGGUGCUCCUCGCCGUCGGUGGAGCAGUGAUCAUCGCCCAGCAGGUCACACAGAAGUUCGACGAGUUUGUGGAGCAGGCUAAGGUCAUGGCAGCUGAGUGGCUGGAGAAGCAUGCCGAUGCUGCCUGGAAGUCUGCACAGGAGGUGAUCGGCCAAUUGGAAGGCGUGGCAGACUCUGCCCUAAACUCUGCGCCCAUUGCCAAGGAUGCUUUGGAUCGGAUGGGCGUGAAUCCUGAUGCUUUCAGCGCAGAACUCGUCAUGGGAAAGGCGCGGCAGGCAGCUGAGGUCGUCGUUGACUCAGCUGCCGAUCAAGUGUACCAAAUGAGCGCCGAAUCAGAUGCCACUGGAAGCUUGCUGCACAGAGCUAAAGAUGUGCAAAGUUCUUCUCAGGCGAUGUUGGCCCAGGUUGCAGAGAGUCUGCCUGGCAAAGUCGUUACCGAGGCUGAACAAUUCUUGCAACCGGCUGCCACAGCGCUCGCACAAACGAUGCUGGAGAAACUUGAGCCUGGUUCACGCUCGUUGCUCGAGCAAGCUUCGACAAAGGCGGGCGUGGAUCCUUCUGCCAUCAUUCACACGCUCCAAGCUUCGAGCAAAGCAGGCGUGGAUCCUGCUGUCAUAACGCAGGCGGUUCGUGGUUCUGGGGAUGGCUCCUUCGCUAGCGCACGUUCCCUGAUCGAGGAAGCUUCGAGCCAGGCAGGUGUGGAUCCGUCUACCAUGAUGCAGGCUCUACAAGCUUCCACCGAUGCAGGUGUGGAUUUUUCUGUGCUAAUGCAGGGCUGUGGUGCUGCAGACCAACUCAAAGACCUAGCAAGCGCGGCUCAGUCGUCGAUUGAAGACGUAAAGCUCAAAGGAGUGAAUGCAGCAACCUUAGUGGGGAGCGGUGGCCCAACUGGCGUAGUCACAGACCGAGUGGUCGAGAUGAACGUGCCGUUGAGGGGAAUAAUGGAAGAAGCUGUCGGAAACUCUGCUCAACUGCUUGGAGCAUUGGAUGAUUUGGAGGCAGGCGAGGUGGUUGAGAGUCAUGGACAAUCACUUGACCUUGAGAACUUUCUCGUGAUGUUGGGCUUAAGCAAGGGCCAGCUCCUCCUCCUCAAUAUCAAUGCCGUUCUUCUCUUCCUCUCGUGCGUGAGCUUCAUCCUGAUUGGUUCCACCUUGUUUCUGGGCGGGGGCAUUGAUGCCUUGAUUCCACAGCUCUCGGCGACAGCUGGAACACUCGGAACAACAGUUGCUGCUAUUCGAUCGAAAAGCAAGGAGUUCAAGAACGCUGACCUGUCUUCAAUGUCAGAGGCUUUUCAAGAUGCCACAAGUCAGCUGCAGAACCCAAAGCAAGAUAGCGAAGAGAAGAAGCAACAAUGA